AUGGAGGGGAUCGAGCGAAAGGGUGCCAUCCCGUGGGGAGAUAAUCCUGACUACAAGGUCUUUCGACAUGUCGUCAACGACUAUGGGGCUGAUCCCACAGGUCAAAGAGAUUCUACGGCAGCAAUCCAAAGGGCCAUCGAUGACGGCAAGCGAUGUGGCGCCGCUUGCAAUGGGGCCACUACCAAAAAUGCCAUCGUAUAUUUCCCUCCCGGAACGUACCUUGUGUCUAGCUCGAUUAGCAUUUACUUCGGCACUCAGAUCAUUGGUGAUGCAAAUAACUGGCCAACCAUCCGAGCCGCCUCGAGCUUUGUCGGUCUCGGAGUCUUGUCCACGGACGUCUACGUUGAUAACGGUGGAGACGGGCCCGAUGGCAAUGCGCUGGAGUGGUAUAUCAACAUUGCGUGGUUUUAUAGCCAGAUUCGCAAUUUGAAGAUCGAUAUCACGGCAAGCAAUCGGGGUGCCUAUGUGGCUGCACUCCACUAUCAGGUGGCCCAGGCGAUGACAAUUGAGAAUGUUGAGAUCAUCGCAGAUUCUGCCACGGUAGGUGUUGAGACUUUCAAACUCAGCAUGUACGCGGAGAAUGGUAGCGGGGGCGUCAUGUCAGACAUCACUUUCACCGGCGGCAGCUUCGGGAUUUAUGGAGGCAGUCAGCCGUUCAGUGCCGCGCGGUUGACCUUUAAUGGCUGCAAUACUGCAGUCGAAGUCAUCUGGGACUGGGGUUGGGUGUGGAAGAGCAUCACGGUCAAGAACGCCAAAGUUGGAUUCCCACUAUACAACGAUGCCAACGGGCAGAUCCCAGGCUCGGUGACCAUUAUCGACUCGGUCUUCUCCGGUACUGAGACUUUUGCGAUUGAGAUGGCUAUCCCAGUUGAUGUCAUGGACUCCGGAUUCACCGGGUUGGUUUUGGAUAAUGUCCGGCUGGAUCGUCCGAUCAAAGACCAUUGGAGUGAUAACCUGAUCCUCUCUUCUGGAUAUUACAAGAGCUAUGUGAUGGGGGCAAUGUAUAAGGAAAACAAACGGUCCUGGACCAACGGGCUAAAGGACUAUGACCGAGAACCCUCUCUCCUGGGACCAUCCGUCGCGGGACUCGAUGUGGGUCCUUACUUUGAACGUCCCGGGGACCAGUACGCUGACAAAACCGCAGUAGACUUUGUUCAUCUCAAGGAUGAAGGUGCUGCUGGCGACGGCUCGACGGACGACACGGUCGCUGUUCAGAAUGCCUUUAAUAAAUAUGGCGAUGGCAGCAAGAUCAUCUUGGUAGAUGCCGGCACCUACAUCAUCAAACACACCGUUACUGUUCCCAAGAAUGCGAAGAUUAUCGGUGAGACCUGGUCGCAAUUUGCAGCAUCAGGAGGUUACUUUGGCGAUGCCAGCAAGCCGCGGUCAUGCUUAGGCAAAGGUCCGACCCCGGGAGUUAUCCUGAUGGAGUGGAACGUCGCCGCAGAAAGCGCAGGCUCGGCCGUGCUGUGGGAUGUCCACUGUCCUCCGAUCACCACUGGGACCAAUCCAUCUUCAUGUCAAGUGGCUAGCAUGCUCCUACACGUCACCAAGCGGGCUUCGGGCUAUUUUGACAACAUGUGGCUUUGGGUGGCAGACCACAUGAUUGACGAUCCGUUGCUCGAUGACCCAUUGAACAGCAUGGAACAGCUCUCCAUGUACAGUGCACGGGGCAUGCUGAUCGAAAGCCAAAAGGCCACAUGGCUGUACGGGACAGCUUCGGAGCAUAGCGUCUUCUACUAG